UUACACACGGCACAGUCAAGGCAGGUUGCGUGCGCGCUCUCGGGCUUCAGUGUAUUUUGACAGCUUCUCCGGUCAGGAGGCAUCUCGCUCAGGAGCGCUUUCACUUUCUCUUGCGUUUCCGAGCACACUCGCUGUGAGCCUGGGGUUGCCUCACUCCAAAGCUUUUAACCAGAAGCCACUGCAGCACGGCACCAUGAGCAAAAAGAAAAAGGAAUGGAGAACAGAGAAAGAGCGCUUACUCGGUCUUGGACAAGAGGAAAGACGUAAAGAGUACGGGGACAACUACGUGGCUUUGGACAAGAUUCCCACCUGGAGGCAUCACCACAGCAGAGAGCCAGAGGAAGAGGAGGAAAACCCUGUCUCGUUGUGUGACAAAGUCUCUCUGUACAAGGGUGACAUCACCAUCCUGGAAGUGGACGCCAUUGUGAAUGCCGCAAACUCCAGUCUCCUCGGUGGUGGCGGAGUGGACGGCUGUAUACACAGAGCAGCUGGACAUUACCUGUAUGAAGAGUGCCAUUCACUAAACGGCUGCGAGACGGGCAAAGCCAAGAUCACCUGCGGCUAUGACCUUCCUGCCAAAUAUGUGAUCCACACUGUUGGCCCCAUUGCUAGAGGAAACGUGGGCCAGGUCCAAAGAGAAGAUCUCAUGUCCUGCUACAAGAGCUCCCUGAAGCUGAUGGAGGAGUACAGCUUGCGCUCUGUGGCUUUUCCAUGCAUAUCCACAGGAAUUUAUGGAUUUCCCAACGAGCCGGCUGCUGACAUCGCCCUGAACACCGUGAGGGACUGGCUGAAGGAGAACAAGGACAAGAUCGACCGCAUCGUAUUUUGCGUCUUCUUGGAAAACGACUAUGGGAUUUACGACAGGAAGAUGUCAGACUACUUCCCUCCAGAUAACGAUGAAUGUGAGGAGGGGAACGUGGCCCACACGGAGGACGAUGCUGAGAAAUCUGACACUGAUGAUGUUCACAUGGACAGCCAGGUAGACAAAGAUGUCGAUAUGCUGAGCCAAGGAGACCUGGACCUGGACCAUGUUGACACACCAAGCCAGCAAGAAGAAACUUUCACUUCAGCUGCUGAAAAUCCUGCAAAGGACAUAACUACAGAAAAAAGUGACCCUGUGGUGGACGAGAAGUCAGCAGGUGAGAGCCAACCCAAGCAAGAGAAAGAGAAGCAUGAGGAAAAGAAGUGCGAUUCGGAGCAAGACCUUGCCAGUGCUGGGGUUGAGAAAGAGAAGAGUGCUGGAGAAAAGACUGAGAGUGCUCCUGCUGAUACAAAACGACAAGAUGACGAAGACCACGUAACAAGCAUGAACAGCAAGGACACAGACAGCCAAGGAUUAGUGGAGACCAUGGAGGUAGAGGACAAGAGGGUCACUUUUUUCACCGAAGAACCGGGCAUCUGCGGUAUUUAUGACCCGCCUCCGACCCCAAUUGCUUCUCAGCUCAGUGCUGAAAAUGAGGAGAAAAACACAACUACAAAUAUUAGCAAGUCUGAAGGUGAAGUGAAACAACAGGAUAAAAGCCUUGCAGAAACAAACCAAGCAACUCAAACAGACAGCAGUCAGUCCAAAGAUCGCUCCAGCGAUAAGGGUGAGCCGAGCAAGGAGUGAGAAGACAAUCAGCAACGUAGUUAGACGCACCGGGAAACUGUGCGAAGGCGAAACUGACGCAACACGGUGGAGUCUCCUGAAUAAAAAAUAAAUAAAAAACACAGGGAGAGGAUCUGUACACCACCAUAUUCCUUUUUUCCCUUCCCUUCCUUCCCUUUCCUUGUUCCGUUUGGAAUUUAAUGAAACGUAUGAAAUAAGAGAGGCACACGUGAACACGGAAGCAUCUCGAGGGUUACGGGGUGAUACUUUACCUCAAUGAAAUGCUGCUUGAUCGUUUCCAUUCGCCAGGUUUUCUUGGUUCUGGAUCUGAACAGGUACAAAAAAAAAACAAAUAAAUAAAUAAAUACAAAAAAUAAAUAAAAAAUAGCACUCUGGGUUAGAUGGGAUCUUAAUUUACGCUUAAAAAAAUGAUAUAUUCUCAUUGAUUGAUGCUUUGCACAAGGUCUGCUAUAACACAGAACCUUCACAUCAAUUACAAUCAUAUUUGAUUUGAUUUGAUUUUUUUCUUUAAUACUUAAUGCUAAAAGUGACGUGCCAGUAUGAAUGUCCAUGUCUGCGUAUGGCCGUAUGUAUGAAUAUGCAAGCCGAUGAUUAAAUGAAAACACUUGGCAUUAAUGCAGGAAGUGCUUAAGGGAAACGGGAACAUAACAGAUGCAUUUAAGUGCUUGGAUUCCACAUGCAAUUAAUAUAAAUUAUAUAAAUCAAAAUAAAACCGAUACACGGACUAUAAAACUAUUCAAUAAAUAUAUUAAAUAUGUUCAUUAAGAAUGCAAAAUAAUACUGAUUUCCAAAUUUUAUUUAUAUGUAUAUAUAGAUAGUUUCAUUUGAAAUCUGAAUGUCGAAAGAAGUCUUCAUAGAAAAGUUUUUUGUUUUGUUUUGUUUUGUUUUUUUAUUUCAUUUUUUGAUGCUGGCCUGAGCGAACAUUCAAACCAGGGUCGAAAACUACACCAUAUCUGUUUGGGAUUAUUUUUCUUCCUUAAAACGACUUGAACAUGUGAGUCCACACAGUAAUGCAUCACUACAAGUCUUCUUUCUGAGAGGUUUUUGCAUUUUUCCUCCGUUAUGCUUAAAAAAAAUCCCAAAAAAAAAAAACUAACCACACUAUAAAAACCUCUCGUGUGUCUUUUUAUCUCUACGUUUCCUACAUUUCUAAUUUUGCUCACAGAUGCCUCACGAUGACGAUCUGAUUUUUUUGUGGCGUUUGUUAACAGAUGAAUGUCUCAGCUUUUACCCUAAUGCAUGCAUGCAAAAAAAAAAAAAAAAAAAAGGUUUCUUUGUGGCUUUUUUCUUUCUUGCUUUCUUUCUUUCUUUUUUUUUUUUUUGAAACAGAGAGCGCACUCGAUAUUUUUACUAAACUUUCAGUGUGUUCCAAAACAAAUGAAAUCAGCCUUAUAUGACAGGACAGAUACUAGAUGAUCAUGAUGGGAAAUUUGAUGUUUAAAAUCUUUAUAAAUAUAUCAAUAUCUAUAUCUAUAUAUAUAUAUAUAAACAGAUAAAUAUAUAAAGUUAAUGAGUGAUACUACAAUGAAGCUUCCUCUUUUUUUUUUUUUCUUGGGUUCAAGGUGAUAAGUCAAAAAAAAUAUCUAUAAUUCGUUUGUUUUGUUGAAAGGUUUGAUCAAUUACUUGAAGUGGUGCCAUAAUUAUAUCAGAUGACUUUAUGCCUUCAUAAAUCGGUGUUUGCUUUGCUUUACAAAUAUGAAAUAAAGUUGAAAAAAGGUUCUUUCCAUGA